AUGACCUCACUCCCGACAGCUCUCAGCAGCAGCGGCGGCGGGGGGAAGGUGGUUCUGGUGGGGGUGCGACUGCACCAGCCGAACGCGAAUCUCCUGUGGGGCGGCGGCAGCAGCAGCAGCAGCGGCGGCGGCGCGGCAAUCUCGAGGGAGGGGCAGGCGCUGGUGGAAUUCACUCUCGCGCGGCUGGUGGUGCCCGGCGAUCGUAUUGUCGCCAUGGCCGUCCGGAUAGUCCGCGCCCCGCACACCUCAGGGUCGCGCAAGGCACGGUUCAACUCAGAGCAGGACGGGGAGGAGGAGGAGGACGCGAGCCAGAGAAUGCUGGCAGCCCUGCACCCCAAGAUCGAGGUGGCUGCUGCGAAACAGAUCACUCUCCAAGUUGUUGUGCGCUCGGCCCCUCGUGUGCGAGACGCGCUGCUCUACGAGGCAAAGCUGCUCAAGGCGGGGCUGGUGGUCAUAGGGCCCGUGCGACGCACCAUCACGCUUAUUGGUGGCAGUGCCGGGUCUGAUGUGGACAUGAUGACGUUUCUCGCCGACCGGCUGUCUGCCAGCUGCAAGAUCAUGCUCGUCUCAAAUAACGCCUGCUCCGCUACAAGACAAGGGAAAGUGCCUGUUCCGCCUACCUCCCCCCAAUCUCCGCGGAUAGACCCAGGGGGAGGGGGAGGGGGGAGUGGCAUGGGGGAAGGGGGAGGGGGGAGUGGCUUGGGGGGAGGGGGAGCGGGGCAGGGGUCAGGGGAGUAUGGAGGGGGGUCUGAUGGGGGCGGUGGGGUACCGAAUGGGGGAGGAAGCAGAGGAGCAAUGGGGGGAGGGAUGGGGGGAGGAAUGGGGGGAGGGGGGGUUAUGGGGGGAGGGGGAGGGGACAGUGGUGGGGGCUGGCAGCAAUGUCCCAGAUCUCCCCGAUCCCAAUCCAACGGCCAGGAUUUCUUCGCCCCUCCCCCAUCCCCAGUCCCUCCUGCCCCGCCGACCGAAAUCAUUCGGGAAGUAUACGGGCAGGACGAGUACGGGCAGCAGGAAUUUUACCUGGACGAGCUCCUAUUGGCCACGGAUAAUUUCUCCCCGCAGAGAUUGAUCGGGGAGGGCGGCAGUGGUCAGGUGUUUGUGGGGAUGCUUCCACCUGGCAGGUGCCCUCAGGUGGAAUCCCAGGGUGGGGGGAGCGAGGGGUGGGGGAGAGGGGGAUGGGGGGAGGGCGGAACAGGGGGGGACGCAGCAGGGGGGGGCGCAGGGGGGGGGGAGCGGCAGUGGUGCGGCCAGUGGGGGUUGUCGGAAGGUAGCGGUGAAGAGACUGCGAUGGUGGGGGCCGGCUGUAGCGGACGUGCAGGGGGCGGCAAACGCUCGGCAGUUUCUGGCGGAGCUGCGUGUGUUGAGGCGCAUCCGGCACCCGAGCCUGCUGGGGCUGCUGGGGGUGUGUGCGACGGCGGGGGAGCUGCUGAUGGGAGCCUCAGGGUGCUGAGGCGCAUUCGGCACCCGAGCCUGCUGGGGCCGCUGGGGGUGUGUGCGAUGGCGGGGGAUUUUCUCAUGGUGUUUGACGUCCUCCCCAAUGGGUCGCUGCAGACGAGGCUGAGAGGUAAGGUGAGCGGUGGGAAGCAUGGGGCGGUGGGAAGCAUGGGGCGGUGGGAAGCAUGGGGCGGUGGGAAGCAUGGGGCGGUAUCAGUAGAUGCUGGAAGCGAAAACCCCUGUUCCCCUCCCGUCCGUGUGGCAGACCACACAAAGCCCCCGCUACCUUGGGAUCUCCGCAUGCGCAUCGCGUGUGAGGCGGCCACCGGGCUGGCCUUCCUGCACUCGUGCCGGCCGCCCAUCAUCCAUCGGGACGUGAAGGCGGCCAAUGUGCUGCUGGAUGCCAACAUGCACGCGCUGGUCUCCGAUUUUGGGCUGGCCAAGGUAGCUUCAGAUCAGUACACCCAGCCAAUGGCAGUUACCAGCAUCAUGGGCACCAGAGGCUACGUGGCACCAGAGUACGUGCAGACCGGCCUCAUAACAGCAGCAAUAGAUGUGUACGCGUUUGGAGUCAUUCUCCUGGAGCUUAUAACGGGUCAUGUGCCCUUCCACCCCGGCAGGCAACCCCCCAACCUCUCUGCCUGGGCCAUCCCCAUUGCCAACAACGAGGAGUUUAGGGCCAUCCCCAUCGCCAACAAUGAGGAGUUCACUCGCCUUGUGGAUUACCGACUUGAGGGCCGCUACGAUUUAGCGCAGCUGCAGGCAGUGUCCAUGCUGGCCGUGCUGUGCCUUGCUGCGAACCCCAAGCACCGACCGCCGAUGGAUCAGGUGCGUCUCGUGCACAGGGCAGGGAGGGGCAUUGAGAGGCUUGACCCCGCGCAGCUGCAGGCAGUGUCCAUGCUGUGA